AAUGCAACACCAGCACCAGACUGCCUUACAUUGUUAACGCUGAUUUCUCCCGUUCAAACCAGCAUUUUGUCUUCCGUGAGCCAAGCAGGGGUUACAGGCUCCCACAAAACGCAUGAAAUCUCCGCUACAUUUGGCAACGGGACACACACCGGCAAGCUCUCUACCAUGAGGAGGAUUGUUGGCUGUAACCCUGUCCAGACCGGAGACUGCUGGUAGGGAUGGUGCCGCUGUGAAGAGCCGGGGUGCCGUUUCGGAGGACAUGCCAGUGGUCGGGGGAAAAGGGAGGAGGUCCCUGGACAACAUGACUGUUUUCAACCAGGAAAAUGUUGAGGAAUUUUACGAAACUGGGGACGAGCUGGGGAGUGGUCAGUUUGCUCUGGUCAGAAGAUGUCGGCACAGGAGUACAGGUGUGGAAUAUGCUGCCAAAUUCAUCAAGAAGCGGCGCAGCAAGUCGAGUCGACGGGGGGUGACGAGGGAGGAUAUCGAACGCGAGGUGAACAUCCUGAAGGAGAUCCAGCACCCCAACAUCAUCACACUCCACGAGGUCUUUGAAAACAAGGCAGAGGUCAUUCUAAUCCUCGAGCUCGUGGCCGGUGGUGAGCUCUUCGACUUUCUGGCAGAGAAGGAGUCGCUGAGCGAGGAAGAAGCCACGCAGUUCCUCAAGCAGAUCCUGGAUGGAGUGUUUUACCUGCACUCCAAACAAAUCGCUCACUUUGACCUUAAGCCAGAGAACAUCAUGCUGCUGAACCGCUCAGUGCCUCACCCACGCAUCAAGAUUAUUGACUUUGGCCUGGCCCACAAAAUAGAUUUUGGCAAUGAUUUUAAAAACAUUUUUGGGACUCCAGAAUUUGUAGCUCCAGAAGUAGUCAACUAUGAACCUCUGGGCCUGGAGGCAGACAUGUGGAGUGUCGGUGUGAUUACCUACAUCCUUCUGAGUGGUGCGUCUCCUUUCCUGGGUGACAACAAGCAGGAGACUCUGGCCAACGUGUCGGCUGUGGACUACACGUUUGACGACGAGUUCUUUAGCAACACCAGCAUCCUGGCCAAAGACUUCAUUGCAAGGCUGCUUGUCAAAGAUCCCAAAAAGAGAAUGACAAUUCAGGACAGCCUCCAGCACCCCUGGAUCAAGCCAAAAGACACUCAACAAGCACUGAGCAGAAAGGAGUCGGCUGUUAACAUGGAAAAGUUCAAGAAGUUUGCAGCUCGAAGAAAAUGGAAACAAUCCGUCCGACUUAUCUCCUUAUGCAACCGCUUGUCCCGCUCCUUCCUGUCCAGAAGCAACAUAAGUGUGGCACGCAGCGAUGACACUUUGGAUGAGGAAGACUCCUUCGUGAUGAAGGCCAUCAUCCACGCCAUAAACGACGACAAUGUGCCCGGUCUGCAGCAUCUGCUUGGCUCCUUGAACAGUUACGACGUCAACCAGCCCAAUAAGCAUGGGACUCCUCCCCUCCUGAUUGCCGCUGGCUGUGGCAACAUUCAGAUCAUUGAGGUGCUGAUGAGAAAAGGUGCCGAGAUCCAGGCCCAUGACAAGAGUGGAGCCAAUGCUAUCUACUACGCAGGGAGACAUGGCCAUGUGGAGACCCUGAAAUUCCUCCAUGAAAAGAAGUGCCCUCUGGAUGUCCAAGAUAAGUCUGGUGAGACUGCUCUUCAUGUGGCAGCUCGCUAUGGCAAUGUGGAUGUGGUGAGCUACCUGUGCAGCAUCCAAGCCAACCCAGACCUGGCUGACAGGGAGCAGGAGACCCCACUGCAUUGCGCUGCGUGGCACGGAUACUCGGCAGUAGCCCGAGCACUCUGCCAGGCGGGUUGCCACGUGGAUGCAAAAAACCGCGAGGGGGAGAGUCCUCUUCUGACCGCAUCUGCUCGGGGGUUUGUGGAUAUCGUGGAGUGCCUGGUGGAGCACAGGGCUGAUCUAGAAGCAACUGACAAGGAUGGCCACACAGCCCUCCACCUGGCUGUACGGAGGUGUCAGGUUGAAGUGGUCCGCUGCCUCCUCAGGCACCACUGCCACCUGGAUAAGCAGGAUCGCCAUGGCAACUCACCGCUGCAUAUCGCCUGUAAGGACGGAAACCUGCCCAUCGUCACAGCAAUCUGCAGUGCCAAGGCCAACCUCGACCUGCCCAACAAGUAUGGCAGAACUCCCCUCCAUCUGGCUGCUAACAAUGGGAGCCUCGAGGUUGUCCGUCACCUCUGCCUGGCAGGAGCCAACAUUGAUGCCGUCACCAAUGACGGAAAGACAGCAGAGGACUUGGCUUAUGCUGAUCAUCAUGAACUCAUUGUUUCUUUGUUGGGAAAGCUUAAAAAGGACAACCACAAACUGAGCUACAUCCAGCAGCUGCGGCCCACUCAGGCCGUCCAGCCCAGGAUCAAGCUAAAGCUCUUCGGACACUCAGGAGCCGGGAAGAGCACCCUUCUUGAGUCCCUGAAAUGUGGCAUCCUGCGCAGCUUCUUCAGAAGGAGGAGGACACGCAUGACCAACACAGCCCGCCACCCCAAUUCGCCAAUCAAUUCCAAACCCCCAGUGUCAGUGAGCAUUUCCAACUUGUACCCGGGCUGUGAGAAUGUGAGUGUGCGGAGUCGCAGCAUGAUGUUUGAGCCCAGCCUGACCAAAGGAGUCCUGGAGGUGUUCUCCCCAGUCCACAGCGCCCUGUCCACAGCCGACGAACAGGCCACAAAGGCCAUCGACAUCCAGCAUGCCAACAUCCACGGUGUGGGUGAUUUCAGUGUUUGGGAGUUUUCAGGGAACCCGGUCUAUUACUGCUCCUACGACUACUUUGCAGCCAACGACGCCACAGCGAUCCACCUGGUCCUGUUCAGCCUAGAGGAGCCAUACGAGACCCAGCUGGGCCACAUCACCUACUGGCUGAACAUGCUGAAAGCCCUGACCCUCCCACAGGACAACAUCACUUUCGGAGGUCGGAUCCAGCAGCCUCUGACGGUCGUCUUGGUGGCGACACACGCUGACCUCGCUGACAUCCCCAGAGCUUUCUCUGGAGAGUUCACCUACGACAAGGAGAAAGUGCUGCUUAAGGAAGUCAGGAACAGGUUUGGGGUCGACCUGCAGAUCAGUGACAAACUGUUUGUGAUGGAUGCUGGAGCUUCAAACUCCAGAGACAUGAAGCUACUGAGGAGUCACCUGCAGGAACUGCGCACCAACAUCAUCUCUAGGUGUAGUCCCAUGACGCAGCUGUCGGAACGUUUGCUGACCACCCUGCCGUCCUGGAGGAAGCUGAGCGGACCCAACCAAUUAACAUCGUGGCAGCAGUUCGUCAGCGACGUCCAGGAGCAAAUCAACCCCCUGGUCAGCCAGGAUCACCUCCGUACACUGGCCCUGCAGCUCCACAGCAUGGGGGAGAUCAACAUCAUGCAGAGUGAGACGGUGCAGGAUGUUGUUCUGCUGGAGCCUCGUUGGCUCUGCAGCAACAUACUCAGCAAGCUGCUCUCUGUGGAGACACCCAAGGCCAUCCACCACUACAGGGGGCGCUACAGGCUGGAGGAGGUACAGGCUCUGGCCCCUGAAAGUGACGUGGACGAGCUGCUACAGAUCCUGGAUGCCAUGGAUGUCUGUGCCCGUGACGCCACAAACCCCUCUAUGGUGGAUGUUCCUGCUCUCAUCAAGACAAACGGCCUCCACCGCUCCUGGACCGAAGAGGAGGAGGAGGAGUCACUGAUCUAUGGCGGAGUACGACUUGUCCCCGCAGAGCACCUUACCCCCUUUCCCUGUGGCCUGUUUCACAAACUGCAGGUGAACUUGUGUCGUUGGAGCCACCAGCAGAAGCCCGAAGAGGAAGGUGGGGAGGAUUUUGAUGGAGAUAUCCACCUGUGGACCAACGGAGCCAAGGUGAGCCAGUCAGGAGUGGAGACCAUGAUCCUGCUGGUCAACCACGGCCAAGGAAUGGAGAUUCAAGUGCGUGGGCAUGACUCAGAGCGGGCCAAGUGCUACACCUUGUUGGACACCGUCUGCAGUAUAACAGAAAACCUGCUGGCCUCCACGCUCCCCGGACUGCUCACAGCCAAAUACUACCUAAGUCCUCAGCAGCUGCGGGAACACCACGCCCCCAUCAUGAUCUACCAACCCAAAGAUUUCUUCCGGGCCCAAGUCCAGCGAGAAACCUCGCUCACUAAUACCAUGGGCGGCUAUCGAGAGAGCUUCAGCAGCAUUCUGUCUUUCGGCUGCGCUGAAGUUUAUCAGCAGGGGACUCUGGGAACGGACGUCCACAUAUCAGAUGUCCCCCUGUUGGCUCGCAGGAAGCUUUGCCGCAUGCUGGACCCUCCUGACGCUCUGGGGAAAGACUGGUGCCUGCUGGCCAUGAACCUCGGCCUCACGGACUUGGUGGCCAGACACAGCAAUGGGACUCCAAAUGGCGCCCCUGAUCUGGAUCCGGACUCCCAGCAGGCCGCGCUGCAGCCCAGCCCGACAGCGGCGCUGCUGCAGGAAUGGAGCGGACGACCCAACAGCACAGUCGGUGUGCUGAUGGCAAAGCUGAGGGAGCUCGGCCGCCGAGAUGCUGCCGACUUUCUGCUCAAAGCUUCUCCUGUUUUCAAGGUCAACAUGGAAGCGGUGGGAGGAGCUGCCAGUGGCUACCCCCCCUCCUGCAACGGUGGCACGUCAUAUAACUCGAUCAGCUCGGUCAUAUCCCGCUGAACCGAACAGGGUCGGCUUUCUGUCCUCGCCAAACGUCAUACGGACGUUUCCCCUGGAAAAGGACAGUCACAGACUUGCGUGUGAAUGAACAUGAAGUGCAAUCGUUACCAGAGUCCAGCUGCUCAUUCCUUAAUCUCUCCAUUAAGUUGGCGUUUGAACCAGGUGUGUUUGUGUUCCCCACACCUGUACACCUUUCCUUCCAUUAUGAAUGUUGUUUAAGAGCUGAUUGUCCUGAGCUCUAAAGCUUUUAUUCUGUUCUUAAUCUUGUUGUGCUGCUUUUUAAUAUCCCUACUACUCCACUGCAACUCAUCUUACAGCUAAAAGACAGAAAGUACGGAAAAGAGAAAUUUUUAAAAGCUAUCAAGUCUACAUGAAAGAAUGGAUGUGCUUAAAAAGAUGGCGGCCUCAGGUUUGGACCUUUUUCACAUCCGUCCUCAGCUGAAAAACUGAGAACUCAUUUCGGAGGCUGCCAUCUUUACACAGCCCAUCCAUCACAGUUACGAAUAACGUUAUCCUCCCUCCUUCGUUUUACUGACGUGACAUUUGGCCGUUCAGCUUAGUGUUUAACAAAUUAACAUUAGCAUUUUUCAGAGUGCCUUUGUGGCCUUCUACCUCCCUAAAGAGCACAAAUAGUCUUGUUAUUCUAAAAACAGUAGUUCUUUCCAGUUGAAGAGCUGUGCCUUGUUGACAGUUAAUAAUAAAAUGAUAUUUCAAUCAAGUUUGUUGAAGAAAAGGCCAUCUUACAUUUAAGAGAGGAAAAGGUUAAUGAAGAACUUAAUUAAAAAAGAAAAACAGAAGCUCGCCUCACGUUUUAAGGUUUUGAAAAUUUUACCAGCAAAAGAAACAAACACAAAGCUGAAAUCAGAUCAUAUUCCUGCUGUGUUCUGAUUAGUGUCUAGUCAGUGGAGGAGAUAACACGUUCAGUUUUCUCUCAUAUUGGAGUCGAUGGAAAAUCAAUGUCGUGUUUCAUUUGUGUAUUUGUUGGUUUAUAUUCAUUAUUUCUUCAUUAACCCAGCAACAGAAAUCUCUUCCUCAUUAAUAUUUAGUGACACUUUAUUUUACAAGCCCUCUAACUUUCUAAUUUCCUAAGUGUUAUGGCAGAACGGUUAUCAAACGUUCUCAUGUCGAGGACCCCGACAAAAGAUGCACAUUAGAACUAAAGUGUGGAUGUGAGGAUUCUGUCUUAUACCCAGGUCUGAAGAUAAAAAGUCUUCAUAUUAAAUCAAUGAUCAAACUAAUGUCACUAUAAAAGUUUACAGUCACACAUCAGUUCCUUUCUUGGAAUUUUGGUCAACCUGUAAAAUAAAGUACUAUAAAGUCUGUUUACUCAUUUUAGUUUCCCCAAAUUGACCUUCAGUCAACAGAGGAAGAUUUUUGUUCCCCCAAAGUACAGUGUCUUAUUGAAGGAUGUCCAUCCUUCCAGCCCCAAACUUUAUUUGCUGCACAGGGUUACACAAGUUAAGAGUAUUUCAUGUAAAAGAUCAUCAUGGCAAACAGGGUGGAGCUUCAGGGUCCGACUGAGAGCCCCAGACUGUGCACUCACCCACCGAUUAGAUACAAAGUGUCACCGAAGAUGCUAAACAUAAGCUGAGGUAAUUCUAUCUAGAGCCAUCGUUUUCAGUAAACACACCUGACGCUGCACCUUCUUAAUGCUUCCUCAUCAGGUCUUCUGCAUUAGCGACCACAGUGUCAUGUUUUUACACAGUGGCGUGGACGCCGCUUCUCUAGAGCUAAAUUUGAGCAUCUGUCAGUGUUGGUUGGCCAUGCUUGGCUUCACAUCUUCUUUCACUUUGUCAUUUUAUGUUUAUACCAUGAAGCUGCAGCCCAGUUCGGUCAGCAAAAGCAGGGAAAAGAUGGCAUGAAUUUAGUAUUGUAAGCUGAAAAAAGCCAAAGGCUGCUGUUGACAGAAAUGUUCCUAGAAAAGCAUUUUCGCUUUGUGUAAACUAGUACUUCAUAAUGUUUUUGAACCAGAAAAAUGCUCCUUUUUUUUUUAGUGCGUGUGUUCAUGUUGAGAAAAGACCCUUUCAUUCCUAAAAAGUUUGACUUUGUGGAUGUAAAGGGCCUUUUUCAGGACACAGUUUGACAGACAAAGAUAAGCUGUGCCAGAGUGCAGUAUUUCCUGUCCGCUUUACUUCCCCAGUGUUACCAUCUGCUCACUGAGAUAAAACUUUAAAGACUAUUUCAAAUACUAUACUUCUCUCGCUAUUGUUGUCUCAGCUUAAACUUGCAAAUCAACACAGCAAACUCUGGCAGUGGUGUAAAUACUCAAGUCCAGUUUCCAGUCUUGACUUCAUCCUGACUUUUCUGUUUUCAGCUCACUUUAAGCUUCUUUUCCUUUUGCCCAAAUAUUAAAAAUUGUUCAUUCCAACGAGGCAAAAUGAAUGUAUUAAACCUCUUUCGUCUUUUCCUGAGAAUAUGGUUACAAGUAAAAACAACUCAAAGAUAUGGUGUGAAAACAUGAUGAAAUGAAAUGUACCAAAAUGUUCAGAAGCAUCACUUUAAUUUUCUUGUUUUAUUGAAGCUUUUGUUGACGUUGUGUAUGAUGAUCAUUGCCAAUGUUGUGUGCCUAAAACACACUCGCUCAUUCCUCUAUUAUCGCCUUGUACAGUACACAAGCUGAGAAGUGACGUUACAGAAAGGGAAGCGAAUAUCAUGUUUCUCUUGUUGAAUAAAAACAAAAAAGAAGCAAGAGCCCUUUUUUGUGAAAGGUGGGAAUCACUUCUAUUAUUAUGGAGUUUGUCUUCGUUUGGUGUCUUUUACCCGGAUGGUUCUGACUGUGAGUCUGACCAAAACAAGUGGAUUAAAGGUGUUUUCAGAAAUAUUUUUCUGUUUGUUGAGGAAAGACAUACUCAAUAUCACAUUUGAGUGGAUUUUUCUCCUCCAAGACUCCGGUCUAAUCGCCACAUUGCACAAGUCUUUUUGUCACUAUUUAUGUUACAUUAUUUUAGCAUGUCUCGGAAUGCCAUGUUCUUAGUACUUCUGACACUUUAUAGUGUAAUACAUUUUAUAAUAAAUUCUUUACCUAAUG